AUGGCAAGAAUAGUGAUGAGGAACGUUUUAUAUGUCAUAAUGGUGGCUUCCAUCAUGAUGAUCUCAGUUCUUUGUACGGGUGAUGAUAUACAACAGCAAGAAGAUGCUAUGAUAUGUAGCGUUGUAGCAGACAACUUUCAACCUUGUUUAAAUUACCUAAAAGCAUCAGGCGGAGAGAUACCACCAACAUUAUGUUGUAACGGACUUAAGAAAACUAGUUUGCUUAGUAAACGGAAAGUUGUAUGCAAGUGUCUAAAUGACUUUAUCGGAUCUCUUAAAAACAUCAACCAGGACAAUGCGGCCGGCCUUCCCCGCAAAUGUGGCGUUAACAUGCCUUACCGUCUCCCCAACACCGAUUGCACCAAGUAA